AUGCCAAAACUGUCCAACAAGUAUCACCCAACAGUACCAAUAUCAGACAAUCAACAACAUUUUCUGAGACAGGAGAUUGUGGAAUUAAUCCUCAAGAAAGCUAUUGAGAAGGUGCUGCCAAAUUCCAGUGGAUUCAGCAGCCCGUUGUUUGUGAUACCAAAGAGGAAUGGUGGUCAUCAACUGGUAUUCAAUCUCAAGAAGUUAAAUGAACACAUCAAGAUACCUCACUUCAAGAUGGAGACACUGCAGAAUAUAUGCAAAUUGAUCUGCCCACACGAUUACCUAACUUCCUUGGAUCUGUCCAAUGCCUUCCUUCAUAUCUUAGUUGUUUAUCAAAGUGACCCAUCCAGUACUAGAAUGGGCUCAAAUCUUGGGAAUACAAAAAUUGCUGCUCUAACCAUCGCAACAACUGGAACAUUUGAGUUAUCUUUUGGACACCAAGAACAUAAUUUCCAAAAUUCCAGGUGCCAAAUUGAGGGAUUUACAAUAAUCAAUAUGACAACUGAUACAACACAAAUCUCUAACUCCUUGUUUGGUCCACAGUCUCACAAUGCGGAUCCAGGCAGCCAUGAUCACACUCUUUCUGGCCAGACUCUACACGCAACACUUGAUGUGUGGGAAUGCAAUAUCUCACAAUGGAAUGACCAAUCACGCCUAUCACAACAAAACAAGCAUGUUCUUUUUGUUGAUGCGAGCAGCACCAGAUGGAGAUGUGCACUAGGGGACAAGGCAAUCUAUAGAUAUUGGUCCCACCAGGAGGCCACAAUGUCUAUCAAUUGGCAAGAAAUGAAGGUGAAUGAACAACACUACCUCAAUGGCGUACCUGAACAAGCAGGAUGGCUCCAAGGCCUUUUAUCUGAUGACAGUGACUCCCAAGAUAUAGAGGCUGUGUCUGCACCGUGGGUUGAGGUUGACAGCCCAGCAUAUAGCAGGCAAGGAGAAUGUGGAGGCAGAUUUAGCAUCUCAUUGCACAUUUACAAAGAACUUGUGAAAGCUGUCUUGUCCAGCUUUUCAAGUUAUCCAACAGACAUGGGGUCCUUAUUCCAUGGACUUAUUUGCAGUCUGGCUGACCCACCUUCUCCCAACUUUUGUUUCAUGGAGACCAGACCCAAAGGCAACAGCAACAGACGCAAUGUUGAUACCAUGGUCUCAAUGGGCUAA